AUGUGCAACUCGUCGUUUAAAUCAAAUCUCGUGCUCCUUGUCCCUGAGCUUCUCACUGCUAUCGUCUCUUGCCUCCCUAAUCCGGAUCUCAAGAGCUUUCGUUUGACGUGCAAAGCUCUGGGGGAGGAAGUUCCUCUUCAUUUCGACAGGGUGUUCUUGUCUGCCAAUCCGCGAAACAUUGAAGUUGCAAGAGCAAUUGCUGACAACGAAAAGUUUCGCAAAGGGGUCAAAGAGAUCAUAUGGGAUGAUGCUCUACUUGCCCACGAUAUAGUGAGGCCUAAUGAAGCAAUUCAUUUGCCAGCAGAAUCUCCUCGGGCAGAAGAUGGCUCUCCCACCUGGUUUAUACAAGCUUGCAAGGACAACAUUAAGAAUUUGAGAAAUCUCAAAAGAGACAGAAAAAGGCCAAAGAUACGAGAGUUUUUGCCAUUUUCUGAAUCAUGGAGUUACUACGAGACGCUUCUAGAGCAGCAGGAAGAAGUGCUAAGAUCUGGGGCUGAUAUUAAUGCAUUGACGUAUGUCUUGGAGCGCUUUCAAUCACUACGAAGAAUUACUAUUACACUCGCCGCUCAUGGUAGUUUGGAUCGACCGCUUUACGAAACGCCUAUGAUAAAAUCUUUUCCAAAAGGUUUCAACUAUCCAAUUCCAUGCGACUGGCCAUCUUCUGGACCAUUUGGACUUUAUAUCUUGCCUCCAUGGACUGCUAAGAAACAGUGGCGAGGGGUUUGUAUUAUCACCAACAUACUUGCAGGAUGGAAUGACCACCAUACCUCAGAGCUAAUCAUCGAUGUUGGAGGACUCGAAACAGGACUGAAUUGUCGUGCCUUUGAUGAACCACAUGAGUAG